GAAACAAAUCAUUGUGGACCCCCUGGCGUUCAGCGAGGAGCGCUUCCGCCCUUCCCUGGAGGAGCGCCUUGAGAGCAUCAUCAGUGGUGCUGCCCUCAUGGCUGACUCUUCAUGCACACGUGAUGACCGCAGGGAGCGCAUUGUGGCCGAAUGCAAUUCUGUGCGCCAGGCUCUCCAGGACCUUCUGUCUGAGUAUAUGGGCAAUGCGGGAAGAAAGGACAGAAGCGAUGCUCUGAACACUGCCAUUGAUAGAAUGACAAAGAAGACUAGAGACCUUCGCAGACAGCUGCGCAAAGCUGUGAUGGACCAUGUCUCCGACUCUUUCCUGGAGACUAAUGUUCCCCUCCUGGUCCUCAUUGAAGCUGCUAAGAAUGGCAAUGAGAAAGAAGUUAAGGAAUAUGCUCAGGUGUUCCGUGAGCAUGCCAACAAACUGAUUGAGGUGGCAAAUCUGGCAUGCUCCAUUUCCAACAAUGAGGAAGGGGUAAAGCUGGUCCGUAUGGCUGCAUCUCAACUGGAAAGUCUUUGCCCCCAGGUGAUUAAUGCAGCGUUAGCCCUCGCUGCAAAGCCCAACAGUAAGGUGGCCCAGGACAAUAUGGAUUUGUUCAAGGAGCAGUGGGAGAAGCAGGUUCGUGUCCUCACUGAUGCUGUCGAUGACAUAACCUCCAUUGAUGACUUCCUUUGUGUGUCUGAGAACCACAUCCUGGAGGAUGUGAAUAAGUGUGUCAUUGCUUUGCAAGAGAAAGAUGUUGAUGGUUUGGACCGUACCGCCGGGGCUAUUCGAGGCCGUGCUGCCAGAGUUGUCCAUGUGGUUACUUCAGAGAUGGACAAUUAUGAACCUGGAGUCUACACAGAGAAGGUUUUGGAGGCAACAAAGCUCCUUACUGAUACAGUCAUGCCACGGUUUACAGAGCAAGUGGAGUCUGCAGUGGAAGCCUUGAGUGCAAACCCCUCACAGCCUGUGGAUGAGAACGAAUUCAUUGAUGCAUCGCGCCUGGUGUAUGAUGGCAUUCGUGACAUCCGUAAGGCUGUCCUCAUGAUCAGAACUCCAGAGGAAUUGGAUGACUCUGACUUUGAGACUGAAGACUUUGAUGUUCGCAGCAGGACCAGUGUGCAGACAGAGGAUGACCAGCUUAUUGCUGGCCAAAGUGCACGGGCUAUCAUGGCUCAGUUGCCCCAGGAGCAGAAGGCAAAGAUUGCUGAGCAGGUGGCCAGCUUCCAGGAAGAGAAGAGCAAGCUGGAUGCAGAGGUAUCCAAGUGGGACGACAGUGGCAAUGACAUCAUUGUGUUGGCCAAGCAGAUGUGCAUGAUCAUGAUGGAGAUGACAGACUUCACCAGGGGAAAAGGGCCGCUGAAGAAUACGUCUGAUGUCAUUAGCGCUGCCAAGAAAAUUGCUGAGGCAGGAUCAAGAAUGGACAAGCUGGGCCGCACCAUCGCUGACCAUUGUCCUGACUCCAGCUGUAAGCAGGACCUGCACGCCUACCUGCAGCGUAUUGCCUUGUAUUGCCACCAGCUUAACAUCUGCAGUAAAGUCAAGGCCGAAGUUCAGAACCUGGGAGGAGAGCUGGUUGUCUCUGGGUUGGACAGCGCCAUGUCACUCAUUCAAGCAGCAAAGAACCUGAUGAAUGCCGUGGUGUCCACUGUCAAGGCGUCGUAUGUGGCGUCUACCAAGUACCAGAAGAACAAGGGCAUGGAGGCACUCAAUAUGCCCGCUGUUUCCUGGAAGAUGAAAGCUCCUGAGAAGAAGCCUCUGGUGAAAAGAGAGAAGCAGGAUGAUGGCCAGACCAACAGAGUCAAGAGAUCUUCUCAAAGGAAGCACGUGAACCCUGUGCAGGCUUUGAGUGAAUUCAAAGCUAUGGAUAGCAUCUAGACCCCUGACCUCCAACCCCACACAUUUAUUGUUUAAAAAUAACAAAGGAUUUUGACCAAUGAGUUUUUCUAUAGAUUGAGCAUGUCACACUAUCAAAGAGAGAAGCUUUUAGCAUAUUUCUUCUAUCUUUCCAUAGACCGCUUGUCUGUUUGACCCAAUAUAUUCCUCCACUGCCUCAUUUUUAUUCCACCAGCUCAAAUGUACUCUUGUCUAGUUAUCAAGUGUCUAUUCUUCAGAAAGGGAAAUCAACUGGACAAAGUUAUUCAGUAGGUGAAUUUAAUGGAUAUGGGCUUGUGGUUAUUUUGUAUCCUAACCAGUUUCAGAAUAAAACUGUGGGGUCUCCAGGGUGUAAGGCUUGAUUACGGCAAAAUGCGUUCUGUACUGCAGAUAUCAGCUAUGCAAAAUUUCAACUGCCUUAUUUUUACCUUUAGGCAUAACUGCAGUUAAUUUGGAUGUGGGAGUCUAACUGGUAGGAUUUAAACAUGUUUUGGUUCAGCCAAGUCGAGAUAUUUCCAUGUGUGCCUGCGUUUUUCUUUAUGCCAUUAUGUAUUUUGUUAUGACACUAUAAAAAAAAAAAAAAUCAGACCAACUUUAAACUUUAUUGUCAGCACCGUACAAUUUGACCCAUUUGUACCCCUUGAUUGUCAAAGGAUAUUUUCCUUUUAAUUUAACCAUCUCAAAUUGUAUUUGAAUGAGUUUUAUUGUUGUUACUGUUAUUGUAUUGUCUUCAGAAACCAAAGGUGACGGUUUAUUCUUACCCUUCUCUUUUGCUACAUAACUGAUCUACUUGUGUGAACCUACACUUUAAGGCACAGGUCUCCAGCAGUUGAGUCAAACUUUGUUAAUUAGCAAUAACUCCUCUGUGUUUAAGAGAAGCCAGUGGGCUAAAGAAUGAAUACACAGUUGUUGGUACUGUCCAAAGCCCACAAGCUUUCAUUAGCUGUCAAUGAGACCCAAACACCACUACAUUCUCAACAUGUCCAAACUGAGGGAUCAAUGUUUUUCUCUUCACAUCUUAGAAGUUGGCAAGGUAUGGAAAUUAUUAUCUGCCUCUUAACUCUUAUUGUAUUGCUUGUCCUUUAUAUAUAAAAUCUUAAUUAGUUUAAUGCACAGUCUUUAAGAAAACACACAAACUGCUUGUUAGACUUUACAGAGUUGAAAUAAAAGCAGAAGUUGUUAGCAGCGUGGUUUGCAGACAUGUAUGGUGGUGCAUUGGUUUGCAGCAAGGCUUUUAAAUGUCGUUUUUGUUAUUUAGGGUUUUUUUUCCCUCCCUACUGUUAACCUUUUGCUGUAUUUGAGUCUUGAGUUGAUAUCAAACUACAUUGCUGUGGAUUGUUUUGUUAUUGAGAGCUGACGUAUUAGUGGACACUUGAUAAAUUUAAUGUGUCUGCUUUAUAUCUUAAUAAACUUUAAAGUGAAUCUAA